AUGAUAAAAUAUCUUGUUGAGAAGGGAGCUGAUGUAAAAGGUAAGCUAGAUAUAGUGAAAUACCUUGUUGAAAACGGGGCUGAUGUAAAUAGCACGGAUUUUGACGAGAGGUCAGUUCUACACAGCGCUGUUACUGAAAGUAAGCUAGAUGUGGUAAAAUACCUUGUUGAACAUGGGGCUGAUGUAAAUGGUAAAGAUACUAAUGGGGACACAGUGCUGCAUUUUGCAGUUAGUGAAGGUACGCUUGAAAUGGUAAAAUAUCUUGUUGAAAAUAACGCUGAUGUAAAUGGAAUUGAUACUGAUGGGUGGACAUAUACUGAUGGAUGGACAGUAUUGCACUAUGCUGUUAGCAAAGGUACACUAGAAAUGGUAAAAUAUCUUGUUGAAAAGGGAGCUGAAGUAAAAGGUAAAAAUACUGACGGAAAGACAGUACUGCACACUGCUGUUACUAAAAGUACGCUGGAUAUAGUGAAAUAUCUUGUUGAAAAAGGCGCUGCUGUGAAUGCCAUUAACAGGAAAAAUACUAACGGGUCGACAGUGCUGCACAGUGCUGUUGCUAAAGGUAAGCUUGAAAUAGUGAAAUAUCUUGUUGAAAACGGCGCUGAUGUAAAUAGACCGGAUAUUGACGGGUUGACAGUUCUACACACAGCUGUUAGUAAAGGUACGCUGGGUAUAGUGAAAUAUCUUGUUGAAAAAGGCGCAGCUGUGAAUGCCAUUAACAGCAAAAAUGCUGACGGGUCGACCGUGCUGCACAGUGCUGUUGCUAAAGGUAAGCCAGAAAUAGUGAAAUAUCUUGUUGAAAACGGCGCUGAUGUAAAUAGCACGGAUAUUGACGGAAAGACAGUUCUACACAGUGCUGCUACUGGAAGUAAGCUUGAUAUGGCAAAAGAACAGGGUUGUUCCGAGAGCUGGAAAAUUCUUGUCGAACGAAGCCAAAUGAAGCCAAUUCUUAUCGAAGAAUCUCAAAAUAGUCUCAAAAAGUCUUUAAAACAUGGUGAGAAGAUUGAGAUGUUGAAAAGAAUGAACUGCAACAUGUUAGAAAAGACUGAAAUACCGAUGCAGGCUUUUGUCGCAGAGAGUCAAUUCAAAAUUGGCGAUGGUGGUUCUUCUUGUGUCUAUGUUGGUCUCAUGAAAGAUGGAAGCGAAGUUGCAGUUAAGAGAAUUUUGGUGCAAAGUGACGACAAAACAGCUGAAAACGAAAAAGAAAUCAUGAGUCUUAUUGAAACGAACAGCUGUCCAUUUAUAGUGAGCUAUCGUCAUUUUCACCGUGAUCAUGACGAUGUGCUCAUGUAUCUCAUUGUUGAUCUUUGCGAGGAAGACUUGAGGGAACUUGUUGAUGCAUCCAGUAUUGAACAUCUACAAGAGCAUGGUCCACAAAUGAUUAGGGAAAUUCUAUCUGGACUUGAAUUUCUUCAUGGUAAAGGAAUAUUACACAGAGAUCUUAAACCAUCAAACGUCCUGGUUGAUAUCGAAGGUCGCAUGAAAUUGGCAGAUUUUGGAAUAAGCCGCGUUCUAAAUGACGAACAAACGACAGUUGUGACAUUCGCCAAAGGUACUCCUGGAUGGAUGCCAUCGGAAGUAACUCAAGCCAUUGAGAAAAAUGAGAAGUGUCGUUUCAAAAAGAAAUCAGAUGUCCAGGUCGCGGGUAUGAUUGCUUUCUACGUCCUAACUAAAGGUGAACACCCUUUUGGUUCUAGGCUUGAUCGAAUGAGAAAUAUUUCGAAAGGGAACUCUAUUGGCUUGAAUAAACUUGGUGAUCGCAAAGCUCAAAAUUUUGUGUCGUGGCUGAUCAAUCAUAAAAUUGAUGAGAGACCUUAUGCUGACGAAGCGUUGAGGCAUCCUUUCGUUGAUGAACAUUGA